UCUCCUCUUCAGCUGCUCUUCAUCUCAGCAUGCAUUACAGGACGCUCCUGAUGCACACUGAAAUGGUGUGUUUUGUGGUGUGUGUGUGCGGCUGGCUGCUGGUCUGCUCCACCGUGCCCACUGAAUGCUGGGCGUACUCUGAGGUGCACACUUCAGUGCUCACAUCCGCGCACUAUUUCUCCAACCUGUGGAAGGACUGUCUCUCCGACUCCACCGGCGUCACCGACUGCAAAGUCUUCCCCACAUUUCUGGCUCUGCGCCCCUACAUCCACGUGUGCCGAUCCUUCCUCUUCACAUCUAUACUCCUGGGCUUGUUCGGCUCCAUUCUGGCUUUGGUGGGGAUGAAGUGCACCAAACUGGGAGGAUCUGAAACUGUCAACGCUAAAGUCACCUUCGCUGGAGGCAUCAAUUACCUGACGUCAGGUCUGUGCGGGAUGUUCACCUACAGCUGGUACGGCCACAGGGUUGUGUCUGAGUUCAUGGACCCAGGUUUUGUCGGAAAGAGGUAUGAGCUGGGGCCGGCUCUGUUUGUGGGAUGGGGAGGAUCGGCUCUGCUGAUGCUGGGAGGACUGGUGUUCAGCUUUACUGCAGGCAAUCAAGGAUUCCAGUCAAGGACAGAGAAGCAGCCGUCUCCACUGUCAGGAGACAAGCAGAUCAUCCUGAGCUCUUCUUCAUCUUCAUCUUCAGACAAGCAGAAGUCCAGCAGAGCAGCGUACGGACUCGACGCUUACGUCUGAGCUGAUGAUGAUGAUGAGGUUUAAUAAUGUUGUUUAGUGGUGGAGCAAAGCCUGCAGUAAAACCUUCAGCAGUGGGAUUACACCAGUGUAAUGCAGUAUAAUAUUGAGCUACUCACAGAAAAAGUCUCUAGUUGCGAUAGUCUCCAUGGUCAGUAAUGCUCUGUGGUACUUUUUUUUCACCUGGCUAAGGCUUGAUCUCUUUCACAACUUUUUAUUAAUAGAGAAUCUCUGCAAUGAGCAACACACUGAAAACCCUUCAUUCAGCUUAAAAACACCAAUAACACUGGGAUGAUGUGAUCUCCUCAGAUUUUUCCUCUGUUAUUGGAUGUGUAAUUAUGGGAUGGCUUUGUAAACUGCCGGGUCAUAAUAUAAGGGACAAAUCUGAAAGUUAACAGCAACAUAUAUAGUGACGGACCGAUCUGGACUUUUCAUGGAUGAUUAUGAAUAAUUUUAAUUUUAGUUUUUUUUAAAGAAACUUUUCCCAUUCUGAUACAGAUCUCCAUUCACACCUUUUUAAGCUAAAAAGAGAGCCCUAGUGAACCCCAAUCUGAUCAUGUAUAGAUUAGUGUAUGCUCCAUCAGCUCUGUGUUAACUAAAGCAUUAAAAAACAAUUAAGGCUCAGAGAAA